UUCUUUCGUGUUUUUUUUUUUAGUGUGUGUUGAUUUUUAGCGGCGAGAGGUGUGCAUGUUCCGAACAGUUAAGCAAAAUAAAUAAAUAAUUGGCACUAAGAAGAAAAGUGCAACUUAUUUCAGUUAGAUAGCGAUUAAAUAAACGACGCGAUGCGCAACCUAGACGAUUUAUUUAAUUGUAUUUUAUGCUAACAUUUGGUAAUCGUGCGGCAGAAUUUGUGAUGCGCACAGAGCACAAGUUUGAGCGCAAAGAAAAACGGUCAAAAGAAGGUGCAAAUGAAAAUCAAAGGAGAAAAUCUAAUAUACGAGUGAAAAUUUCAAAUAGUUGUUAAUAUAUAAUCAAGUAUAUGCCAAUAUAUACCCAGCAUAUAUACAAAUGAAUAUUUCUGUUCUGAUGUUGCCUAUGUGUUUGUGAGUGUGCAUGUGUGUGUGUGCUUUUGCUUGUUCGUGUGCCAAACAAAAAAAAGGGCGUCACAGUUGAAAUUGUAUGCAGCCAAAAGCAAAUCAACACUAAAACCCAGACCACAACGGACCAAAGCUAUUGGGAGGCAACUGUUUGAGAUCUUUGCCAGCAAUAUGCAAUAAUGGAUUCGUUAAAAACGGUGACCAGUGGUCGGGAUCAUUUAACGCUGCAGCCGCUGCAGAAACUGCGCUCGUCUCGCGGUUCCAGCUCCAAUUUACGGUCAAGUCGCUCACCCUCCGCAAGCCGAAGCAGCGAGCAAAUGUCCCGGGAGCGCAGCAGCGACUCAACAACAACAGCAGCAGGAGCAGCAGCAGCCGUCGCCACAACAGCAACAUCGACAACAACCACAGCAGCAGCAGCAGCAACCACAACAACAACAACAAUUGCAACAUCGUCGAGUACGUCGGCAGCGUCGACGACAGUCAAUAGCAAUUCGUCGGCAUCGUCCAUCACAGUGGCAGCUGCACAGGCGGCUGUCUACAGCGGCGGCAACACGGUGACCGGCAGCCUUGGCAGCACCGGGGGCGUGGCAGUGCGCGGUUUUCGCAGCCACAGCCCCACCCACCGUCGACGCAGCCGUGAGCGACAGCGACGCACACAUGGCUCCGAUCAAGGCGGUCUGCUCGCAUAUAGCGGCCUUAUAGGCGCUGCUGAUAUGUCCGAUUUUGUUGUCACUGUCGGUGGUGGUGGUGGAGGUGGAGGUGGUGGAGGUAGCGCUGGCACUGGCAGCGGCUUGGAAGACUCUCGUCUAUCGGGCAAUGAGGAUUAUUACUCGUCCUUUGUCUCCGAUGAGUUUGAUGGCAGCAAGAAGCUGCAUCAUCGACACACUCACGAACGGAGCUCCAGUGUGCAGGCCAUUGAUCGUCUCAAUACGAAAAUACAGUGCACCAAGGAGUCCAUUAGGCAGGAACAAACUGCCCGAGAUGACAAUGUCAAUGAGUAUCUGAAACUCGCAGCCAGCGCCGACAAACAGCAACUACAACGCAUAAAGGCGGUGUUCGAGAAGAAAAACCAGAAAAGCGCACACAGCAUUUCGCAGCUGCAGAAAAAGUUGGACAACUAUACAAAACGGGCCAAGGAUCUGCAGAAUCAUCAAUAUCAGACAAAGAGUCAGCACCGACAGCCGCGCGAAGUGUUGCGAGACGUGGGCCAAGGAUUGCGCAAUGUGGGCGGGAAUAUCCGGGAUGGCAUCACGGGCUUCUCCGGUUCGGUGAUGUCCAAGCCGCGCGAAUUUGCGCAUCUCAUUAAGAACAAAUUUGGCAGUGCCGACAAUAUAAAUCAAAUGAGUGAGGCCGAGUUGCAAGGCAUGCAGGCCAAUCCGGAUGCACUGAGUGCGGCCGGCGAACGUUUGCAGCAGCUGCCAGGAAUGGGUACCUCAACGGGUUCUGGCGGUGGCAACAAUAACAACAACACUGGCACUGGCAGCGGCACUGGAAAAUUCAACAGCGACAAUGGCAGUGAAUGCAGCAGCGUCACCAGCGAAAGCAUACCAGCUGGCUCUGGCAAGAGUCAAUCGGGCGCCAGCCAAUACCAUAUUGUUCUAAAGUCACUGCUAACCGAGCUGGCCGAGCGUAAGGCUGAGAACGAUAAGCUUAAAGAGCGAAUCGAACGUCUUGAGACGAGCCAAAAGGAGUUCAACAAUUUGACCUCUACUCUGGAAAGUGAACGCUAUCGUGCCGAGGGAUUGGAAGAGCAAAUCAAUGACUUGACGGAAUUGCAUCAGAAUGAAAUUGAGAAUCUGAAGCAAACAAUUGCUGACAUGGAAGAGAAAGUACAAUACCAAAGCGAUGAAAGACUACGUGACGUCAACGAAGUGCUCGAGAAUUGUCAAACAAGGAUAUCGAAAAUGGAGCAUAUGUCGCAGCAGCAAUAUGUCACCGUCGAGGGCAUCGAUAACUCAAAUGCCCGUGCUCUGGUUGUGAAACUCAUCAAUGUGGUAUUAACGAUAUUGCAAGUGGUGUUGCUAUUGGUGGCAACAGCCGCUGGCAUUAUAAUGCCAUUUCUUAAAACAAGGGUUCGCGUGUUGACCACAUUUCUGACGAUUUGUUUCAUCAUAUUUGUGAUACGCCAAUGGCCGGAUGUGCAGGAUAUAGGCGCAGGCCUGGUGCGACAUCUCAAACAGUCGCUGGUGGUCAAGUAAAACGCUAGCGACUAAGCCUCCAUGUUCGAUUAGUAGACUCUUAAUGUUAUUAGUAUUAAGUUAAAUAAAAGUGCAUAUUUUGUAUAUAGCUUAUAAAUACACAAGAACGCAAUAAUUUAAAUUCGAAUUAGUUACAAGACAAAACGCGCAUCACAUGAACGACUCACAUAUAUACAUAAGUUCAUAAAUGAAUACAAGUUGUACAAACAAAUAAAAAA